UUUUUUAAUCUUUUUUAUGGUAGUGUUUAAUAUUAUCUGCUAAUUGUGUUUUACUUUUGUGCGUGGGUUGCUUUUUUUGUGAAAAAAAAUCGCGUUAGUGUAGUUAUUUUCCGAUGUGAAUAAUCCGGAAUAUAAUUCGUUGUUCGUUUGUUUGCCGACGGGUUUAUUAUGUCGGCGCACACUGUUUGGUGCUUUUCUCAAAAAGUGGAAAUAAAGAAAUCGGAGCGGAUUUGAGUUGAAUUGGGUUUAUUUUAGACGGUAUGGAGGUGAAACCUUUAAGAGUCCUUGCUUGCGGUGAUGUCGAAGGCAGAAUCGGUGCUUUAUUCAACCGAGUGAACGCGAUCCAGAAAAAGAGCGGACAAUUUGAUCUGCUCCUAUGUGUUGGAGAUUUUUUCGGGAAGUCUGCUGAGUCUGAAGCUGAAUGGGAGGCCUACAAAUCUGGCGCAAAGAAAGCUCCUAUUCACACGUAUAUUCUGGGAGCUGCGAGCCAAGAGACGGUGAAAUACUUCCCCAGCUCUGAUGGAUGUGAACUGGCUGAAAAUAUCAUCUAUUUAGGGCGGAGAGGUGUUUUUACAGGAGCCUCAGGACUGCAGAUCGCGUACGUCAGCGGCAGAGAGGCUCAGCAGGAGCCGGCGCCUUCGCACUGUUUCACGCCGAAAGAUCUCACGGCCCUCGUUGCUCCCCUGGUGUCCAACUCGAAGUUUAAAGGAGUUGACAUCCUUCUGACCUCACAGUGGCCUCGAGGAGUGUGGCAGUACGGGAACAGUCCGGAAGUCGACACCAAGUUUUGUGGUGUUUCCUCUGUGGGAAAUCUGGCUGAAAAGCUAAAACCUCGCUACCACUUCGCCGGACUGGAAGGAGUUCACUACGAGCGCCUGCCAUACAGAAACCACGUGGUCCUGCUGGAGAACGCGCAGCACGUCAGCAGGUUCAUCGCUCUGGCAGCCGUGAACAAUCCCGGCAAGAAAAAGUACCUGUAUGCGUUCAAUAUCGUCCCGAUGAAGAGUUUGGAUCCGGCAGCGUUGGUCAAACAGCCUGAGGACGUCACCGAGAAUCCGUACAGAGGGAAAGUGAUGAAAGAGGGUAGAAAGGAGGUUCAAUCUUCAGCUGCUGGAGAGGAGGAAGCAGCUUGUCAGUUCUUCUUCGAUCUGGGCCAGAAGAAGCCUCAACAUCAUCGGCAGCAGCAUCCAGGAUCAGGGAGAAAGAGAACGAACGAGGGAGACGGAUCCUUUCAGCAAAAACACCCUCGCAAACCCCCUCAGCCCACUGGACCAUGUUGGUUUUGUUUAGCCAGUCCAGAGGUUGAGAAGCACCUGGUCAUCAGCAUCGGGACACACUGCUACAUGGCUCUGGCUAAAGGCUGCCUCACGCCGGACCACGUGCUGCUGCUGCCUAUCGGCCAUUACCAGUCUGUGGUGGAGCUGCCGUCCGAGGCGGUGGACGAGCUGCAGAAAUACAAGAGCGCGGUCAGGAGGCUGUACAAGAGCCAUGGGCGACGCUGCAUCCUGUUCGAGAGGAAUUACCGCAGCCAGCAUCUUCAGCUACAGCUGGUUCCUGUGCCUAUGGAGACCUGCACUACUGAGGACAUUAAAGAGGCAUUCAUGGUGCAGGCUCAGGAACAGCAGAUGGAGCUAAUGGAAAUACCAGAACACACUGACCUCAAGCAGAUCGCUCCCCCGGGAACGCCAUAUUUCUAUGUGGAGCUCGAUACGGGAGAGAAGCUGUUUUACCGCAUCAAGAAGAACUUUCCUUUGCAGUUUGGCAGGGAGGUCCUGGCGAGCGAGGCGGUCUUGAACAUCCCCACACGCUCGGACUGGAGAGAGUGUAAAAGCAGCAGAGAGGAGGAAGAAGCCCUGAGCAAGCAGUUCCGCACCGACUUCCAGCCGUACGACUUUACUGUGGACGACUGAGCAAAAAAACGGCACCUCGUUUCCUCAAAGGACUUUCAAUUCUUUUUUUUAAUGUUUUUAAACUGAUAUUAACGGAGCUUCUUGUUUUUACUGAUUAUGGAAGACUGAAGUGUCUGGAGGAAACUUUUGAUGCGUUUCAUGGGAUUCUGUUAAUACAUGUACAGUACAAUUUUUAAACCAACAUUUGCUCAAUAAAAAAAGGGUUUUGAA